AUGAGGCUUGGAGAAUCAGAAAGGUGUAGAGACCGAAGACGUGGAGCCAAUCGAGUUCCGAAACGAUCAGCUACAGAGGAUGAUGAUGAGCGUCAGCCAAUCAUGGAAACUGUGUCCUUCCUUAGUCCCGACGGAGAAUUGAUGUUAACCGCGGCGGGAAGGCGGUUCUCCCGCUGCGCGGUAUCACCUCGGCCCCGAAAUCGUAAUUAUACAUUUGGUAACCUUCCUCCGCCUCCGGCAAUAAGCAUACGAACUCACGAUAUGAUAAAUCCUAAAGAACGCAGAUUUAUCGAAGCAUCUGAAAGAGGAGACAAGCCGACGCUGCUUGAACUGCUCCAACAGAAAAAACAUGGGCAGCCACUGAAUGUGAAUGCAUUGGAUAUUAUGGGCAGAUCCGCACUCGAAAUUGCUGUUGAUAAUGAGAAUUUAGAGGUUGUCGAGCUUCUACUUCAACAAGAUGGAAUUAGGAUUGGAAAUGCUUUGCUAUGUGCCAUUCGAGAAGGUGUCUAUAAAAUAGUUGAAAUGCUUGUCAAUCAUCCGUCCAUCACACCUGAAAUGCUUGGUGAAGGUUGGUCUCAACACCUUGAUCCAGCAGAAGCAGCGGGGGCUGAGUAUCCAAGUGAUAUUUCACCCAUUAUAUUGGCUGCUCAAUUAAAUCAUUUUGAAAUCUUGGGGAUGUUCAUCCAGAGGAAGGCGUUGAUCGAGAAACCUCAUAGACAUGCUUGUAUAUGUGAAACUUGUGAUAAGGAAAGAUUGAAUGAUUCUCUUCAACAUUCUCUCAAACGAAUCAACAAGUAUAGAGCAUUAGCCAGCCCAGCUUGGAUGAGUCUAACAAGUCCUGAUCCUAUCAAGUCUGCUUUUAAGCUUAGCUGGGAGUUGCGUCAACUCGCUUUAGUGGAACUGGAAUUCAAGGAAGUUUAUCUGAAGAUGGCCAAUGAUUGCAAUAACUAUGCUGUAGCUCUGCUUAACCAAUGUCGCAGUAGUGAAGAAUUGAUUGCUGUUCUUAACAAGGAUAACACUGACAACAAUGAAGUUGUAGAGCCAUGGUCAGCUCGGCUAAGUCUGAGUCGAUUGAAGUUGGCAAUCAAGUACGAACAGAAGGCUUUUGUUUCUCAUGCUCAUUGUCAGCAGUUGCUGACAUCCAUAUGGUAUGAAGGAUUUCCUGGUCGUCAACAACGUGGAUCUGUUCUGAAUAUAGUCAUAUGCGCUUUUCUUGUCUUUCUAUGGCCUGUAUUCUCAAUUAGCUAUAUUUUGAUGCCGAAAAGUCGAAUCGGACGUAUUGUUCGUUCGCCGUUCAUGAAGUUCCUCUACUACUCAAUAUCAUUUGGAUGUUUUUUAUUAUUACUGACCCUAGCCACAUUUGAAAGUUAUCGAAAUGAAAAAGGAGAAGUAAAGGGCUCCAGCGGUACGCGAGCAUCAGACAGAGGUCCGCCGCCUUCAAUGAUCGAAAGUCUGGUUGUUGCAUGGGUACUGGGAAUGUUAUGGUCGGAAAUCAAACAGUUAUGGGAAGAAGGCUUCAAAAAGUACGUUCAUCAAUGGUGGAAUUGGUUGGACUUUAUCAUGAUUUGCUUAUAUCUAAGCACAAUAUCCAUACGAAUGUCAUCCUAUUAUCUGUAUGAGCAUAAUUCAAAUCGAUUUACUGUUCGCUCCAAAUGGAAUGCAUAUGAGCCAAUGCUUGUGGCAGAAGCUCUGUUUGCUGUCGGCAACGUCUUCAGCUUUGCUCGGAUUAUUUAUUUAUUUCAAACAAAUCCCUAUCUUGGACCGUUACAGAUUUCACUUGGAUGUAUGCUUGUUGAUGUUGCAAAGUUUUGUUUUAUUUUUGUUCUGAUCAUUAGCAGCUUUAGUAUCGGAUUAGCUCAACUCUACUGGUACUAUGAUCCGGAUACACCAGUGUGUAUGGAAGGCAAAGAAUGUGAACGAAUGUCUAAUGUGUUUUCAUCAAUAGCGGAUUCAUAUUUGACGUUGUUAUGGGCAUUGUUUUCAAUUACUAAAGUUGAAGAUACAAAUGUUAUUGAGAAUCAUCAUUUUACUCAAUCUAUCGGUCGAGGCUUGUUUAUCAUGUAUCAUUGUACUUCAAUCAUUGUUUUACUCAAUAUGUUAAUCGCCAUGAUGAGUCAUUCAUUCCAAAAUAUAAAUGAUCAUGCUGAUCUUGAAUGGAAAUUUCAUCGAACGAAGCUCUGGAUGGCGCACUUCGAUGAAGGUUCCAGCUUGCCGCCUCCAUUCAAUAUAGUCAUUACACCAAAAGCAAUAUGGUAUGCAGUUUGCUCAAUCAUGAAUACCGUUCGAUGGCUUCUUGGUAAAUAUACGUAUACAAAGAGCCAAACAAGAGCUACUAUUAGGCGACCUGGUUACUCGAGAAAGCGUAAUGAGCUAGAUAAGAAUGAGGAUGAUGAAGAAUCACAAAAGCCGCUUACAUAUCGAGAUAUCAUAGCUCGAUUGGUUGCCAGGUAUAUUCAUCAAACAAUGAAGAAUAUGAAGAUGGAUGGUGUUAAUGAAGAUGAUCUUCAUGAGAUUAAGCAGGAUAUUAGUAGUUUAAGAUAUGAAUUGAGAGACGACCGGCAAAGAGAAAUCCAGCGAAGCUCAUCUCACAUCGAUUCCGUCAAACGUGAUAUCAUGAGAACUAUGAGCAGCACCAGAAGUUUUUGUCGACGAUCAACGCGUUCUCGAGGAGGAAUUUCGCCGCGAUUAACUCAGCCAAGAGCGUCUGUUGCAGAAGAGUCAGAAGGGCUCAGUACUUGUAGUACAAGUGAUGCUGAAGAAGAUCAAGCAAAAGAUGCUUUCAGUGAUACAACGUCGCUUCUUUUUGCUCCCCCCAACAACUCUAAAUUACCUGAAAUAUUGGAAUCACAACCUGUUAUAGAUGAGUCAAGAAGAAAAAAUCGACGCUGUUCAGAUACGUCUGGCUAUAUAAGACCGAGCGAAGAAAAAUCAAGAAGAUCAUCAGAAUCCGCUUCGAAUAAACGGAAUAGCGUCUCAGCUACAGCAUCAGCUUCAUCUUCUUCUACAGUUCCUUUGCAUUCAGCUUUAAGGAAAACAGACACAUCAUAUACUUUCCCUUCCAAUGGAAUAUUCAAUGCAACAUGGCCAGGAAACACAGAAAUAACCUCCAGUAAAAAGGAAUCAGCGGUUCGAACCACGGAUGAUAUAGCAUCUUGGGAUGCUAUCAAUAGCCUGCGGGCAGAUAUAAAUCGACGAUUAGAUGAUAUGAUAUCCGUUUUAAUAGAAAAAGAAAAGAAAGCAGUACCAAGGAAAACUUCUCUUUCCCUCUCACCGGCUCGUCGUUGUGUUGGAUUUUCGGAAUUCCCAUAA